AUGGAGGCUAUUUGGGUCUAUCAGUUCAGGUUGAUAGUCAUUGGGGACUCCACAGUAGGAAAGUCAUGCCUGAUCCGUCGUUUCACCGAGGGAAGGUUUGCCCAAGUUUCAGACCCCACGGUUGGCGUGGACUUCUUCUCGAGGUUGGUAGAGAUUGAGCCAGGAAAACGGAUUAAGUUGCAGAUUUGGGACACAGCUGGUCAGGAGCGAUUCAGGUCCAUAACUCGUGCAUAUUACAGGAAUUCAGUGGGAGGACUGCUCUUAUUCGAUAUAACUAACCGUAGGUCAUUCCAGAAUGUGCAUGAAUGGUUGGAAGAGGCCAAAGUUCACGUCCAGCCAUUCCAGAUCGUUUUUGUGCUGGUUGGCCAUAAAUGUGACCUGGCAACCCAACGGCAAGUGUCGAAGGAGGAGGCAGAAAAGCUUGCUGCAGCUUACCGGAUGAAAUAUAUAGAGACGUCCGCAAGAGAUUCCAUCAACGUUGAACAGGCCUUUACCGAUCUGACAAGGGAUAUUUAUGAACUUGUCAGAAGGGGUGACAUUAUGAUGCAAGAGGGUUGGGAAGGAGUGAAGAGUGGUUUUGUUCCAAAUGUGGUCCACUCCUCGGAGGAAGCUGUCAAAUCAGGCAGAAGAUGCCUUUGCUAA